UUAACUUUGUUUUGCUCCAAAGCGCCUAGAAAUACUAUCAUCAGCAAGGCGAGCAAGAAAAACAGCAGCCAAAAACAACAACCCCUCCCCCCUGUCGCUAGUGAGUGACGACAACGCGGAAACGAACGAUUGCUGCGAUUGGGUGGAAAAGAAAAAAAAACACACAGGGAUAGCUGGGCCGAGGAAAAAAAGCAGACAAGGCAACAGAAACGGAACAACAAGAUUAAUGAAAUACUGCUGCACGCACGGGCCGAACACGCACGUGUAACAGAACGAUAAAUAGGCGAGCAGCUGCAAAGGAGACUAGAAAAAGGCUACAUCAACAACAACCGGGAAUACGCGCAAUCACCGGAACACUUUAAAGUGAUGAUCUAGAGCGCAAAUAUGUCAAAUACUGACACAUCGACGACAGUGGCAGCAUGGACAAACACUUGGCAACACUUGAUGCUGGCCGCCGGUCUGCUGGCGCUGCUACUGUCCGGCGGUGGCACUAACAUCCUCGUCUCGGCCGAGGGCAACAUUGGUUGCCUCUUUGCGGAAACACUCUGCCUGGAACACCUGGAAUGGUGCUACGAUGACUUCGCCUUUGGAAAGUGUCUACCGCAGUAUGGGCUGGAACCGGAGGAACUCUUCCGGAAGCCGCUGGAGGAGGACCAGAGCCGCAUCCUGGCGCGUAUGCUCGAGGAGCUCCAGGGGGCCGGCCUUGGCUGGGAGCACCCGUUCACCCAGUGCCGCAUCCAGGGCGCACUGUUUGCCAUCCGCACCAACUCGGAGAUCCCGCAGACGCUGUGCGCUAAUCUAGCACCGGACCCGGAGAUCCUGGGCCCUCAGAGUCCGCUUGCCUUCGUACGGUUCACACCGCCGAACGAGGAGUACGCCGACGAGGUGUACUAUCCACCGCCGAAGAAGGCAUUCGCGAAACAGCAGCUGGAGUCCCCGGUAGAGUUGGACAUCCUGCCGGAAGUGAUUCCGUUGGAUCCACGCGGUCCACCGAUGGAUUUCGAGCGUGCGCGUCUGCAGGAGCUGCAGCGACGAAUUGCGCUUGGACGCAUGCUGAAGCAGUACGAUGCCGACCAACAGCAGCAUCCGCCGGACGUGACGGACUAUCUGGAUACGGGGGUGGAUCUGAACGAGAUUGAAGACAGCCAGCUGUUACCGUUCAAGGCACCGGAAGGCGAGCGUGAGUGGGCGUACGGUACGAGCAAGCGUGGAUCGGGCAUCUUUCGCGAUCAGCACACCGGGAACGAUGAGGAGCGUGCCCUCAAGGAGCUGGUUGAGCGCUUAACACCGGCCGAUGUCGAUCCGGAGUUUGAGUACAUCUAUCCGAAGACGUCAUCCUUCCGGGAGUAUGCGAAGGAGCAUCACAUUCCGAAGAUUUCCAAUUUUGCACCGGAGAACGUAAAUCGACUGCAGCAGGAAGCCGGAGCGGCUAAAGCGAACGACCCGAACGUGGACAAGUUCUAUACGCACCCGCACAAGGCGGUCUCCCAUGCCCGCAAUGAGAUACCGGCGACGGGAAACUUCCGCGAGUCGGCUGUGGCCGCGUAUGCACCGGGUCCGGAAGCGGGCGGUCUGUACACCGAGGGAGGAUUCGUGUAUGUACCGAAGUCGGGUGGUAGACCGGGCAAGGACGAAGCACGCACCCUGCUGGAUAACAUUCUUGGCUUUACGAGACGUGAACGGCUAGACGUGAAGAAACCGGGACCUCCGGCAGCACCACCACCAUCUGGCCAGAGCCCGAAUGAACCACCGAAGGAGAAGGCACCGGCGGAGGAAAAGCCUCAUGCUGCCGAAGGCGGUGAAGACAAGCGGCCAAAGUCGAAAAAGGAAUUGUUUGCCCACACGGACGAUGAUCACGCACCGCACUCGGUCGACACGGAGUACGCGCACGUUAUCCUGAAGAACCCCAUCGACAACUGGAAGGAUGGAUCGCGUAUCGUGGCCGCUCUAGCGGAGUUGCUUAACAUGCAGGGCUAUUUCACGCAUCCACGAGUCGACCGGCACGAGGUAUCGUUCCGUGUCGAGGCGAACCCGGACCGCAAAACGGCCGCCGAUGUUGCCAAGCAGAUUAAUGACAGUCGCUUCAAGAACAAUCUGUCCCGCCGGUUGGGAGUGCUCGUCAUUCAGGCCGGUGUUGGUGACAAGACGAAGGAAAUGGAUGCCGUUUCAUCGCAGCGUUUGAAGCGUGUCGAAGACGGCCCGAAUGUAACGCACGUGAUGGCGUAUAUGUUUGCGGGGGCGGGCGCAGCAGCAGUCAUCGUCGUUGCGAUGACACUGUUCCUCAUCCGUAAGCACGAUAAGAAAAAGGACAAACUGGGUGGACUGCAGUCGGGGCUUGGUGGCGGCGAUAGUUCGAGCAAGGACUAUCAGGAUCUUUGUCGGGCGCGUAUGGCCGGUGGAAAGACCGGACCGACCGGUUCCGAUUCUCCUGGAGGGCGCAUCACAGCGCUGACGAAGGAGGCCGAAGCUAGACCCCCGUCGUCCCGGUCGAGUACUUCUUCCUGGAGCGAAGAACCGGCACUAACGAACAUGGACAUCUCAACCGGACACAUGGUGCUGUCGUACAUGGAGGACCAUCUGCGCAACAAGGGACGUUUGCAGCGCGAAUGGGAAGCCCUCUGCCGGUACGAGGCGGAACCUAGCGCACGGGAUGCGGCACUGCAGUCGCAGUGUGCACCACUGAACCGCCCCGGUGCACCUUUACCGUACGAUCAUUCGCGUGUCGUGCUGAAUCAUCUGGCGAACGCGGAGGGCAUGGACUACAUCAACGCAUCCACCAUCACCGACCACGAUCCACGUGCGCCCGCAUAUGUGGCCGCCCAGGGUCCGAUGCAGUCGACAUUGGCCCACUUCUGGCAGAUGGUGUGGGAACAGGGUGCGGUCGUGCUGGUUGCCUUGUGCCGACUGCAGGAGAACGGUGAACCGGCGUGUGCUCGCUACUGGCCCGAGGAAGGUGCCGAAGUGUACCACAUUUAUGAGGUACAUCUGGUGAGCGAACACAUCUGGUGCGAUGACUAUCUCGUGCGUUCGUUCUACCUGAAGAACCUGCGCACCGGAGAAACGCGCACCGUAACGCAGUUCCACUUCCUGUCCUGGCCGCAGGGUGGUGUACCGACGUCCGCCAAGGCGCUGCUUGACUUUAGGCGCAAGGUGAACAAAUCGUACCGCGGCCGAUCGUGCCCGAUCGUGGUCCACAGCAGCAAUGGAUCCGGCCGUACCGGUGCGUACAUCCUGCUCGAUCUGGUGCUGGGUCGCAUGAACAAGGGCGCCCGUGAGAUCGACAUUGCGGCGACGCUGGAACAUUUGCGCGAUCAGCGUGCCGGGCUGGUCGCCACCAGGCAACAGUUCGAGUUCGUGCUGAUGGCCGUUGCGGAAGAGGUUCACGCCAUCCUGAAGGCGCUGCCACAAUCCACCGGCAGUAACAAGGGUUCGCAGGAUCAGGAAAAGGAUGGCAAUGCAGCGGCACCGGAAUCGGCAAAGACCGGCGACAAGCCAGUGGACAAGUAAAUCUGUUCGUUGAGGAAAGGAACGAUACGUUUCAUUCAAGUUGAAGUUGGAGUUGGAGACAGGAGAGAUUCAUUUCAGUGAAAGUGAUCCCUUUCUUAUAGUUCAGAUCUGAUUUUAAAUCAAGUUUUAAGAUGACUAGUGAUUGGAGACAGCCUCAGGACUUAAUUUUAUUUGCACAUCUUUGUCUGAUCCAAAGCUAUUGACAAGAUCAUCCAGGUUCCGUUGUGAUGUCGUAUUUUAUCUAAUCAACUUUGAUGAAGAGUGUUUUUGUUUUUAAUAGACGAAUUUAUAACCAGUUUCCAAGCUUAGAAAUUCUCCCCUGUUAGGGAAUAUUGAUAGCUACAAGCGAAACAUUGAUCAUAUGGCGACGAAACAAGCUAUCGGCGUUUACGGAAGAUUCGAUUAACUAAACCUACGUGAAGCGAUACCGGAUGCACGCACUCAAACGGAAGACGGCAACAAAAUGAACCGAACAAGGCAACUCUACUCUACAAAACAAAAGAUUAAUGUAAGAAAAAAAAAACCACACAAACACAACAAUCCGGCACAACACAAACGCACGGUAGUGGAAAACAAGCGAACCCGUUCUGCGACCACCUGUACCGGGGUAACGGUGUACUGUCAAUUUGGAUACCCAAUCAGACGACACGUACAGUAAUCGGUCCCGUUUUCCCGAUCGAUCCACUUUGCCCACCAGCCUGCAAAGGGGACCGAUCCGGAAGUGAGAAGGGUGGAACGCACGCUGUACCGUUGCACUUAAAACGCUAAACCGGCAGUAAACCGAAAUCAACACCUUCUUUUGAAUAUCGUCCUUGCACAAUGGCAGUGCUCCACUUGCCCGGGUAAAACGCUCGGCGAGCGGAACGGCACAAAACGGCAAGGAGACAACAGGGCAACCUCUAGGAAUACCUUGUGAAAGCAAAUGGAAUACUUAUCAUUCACCUAAUCACAUCAAUCAUGUUACUUACUGCGCGGGGUGACCCCAUGCGUAACCCCACGGCCCAAGAAACAAAUCACCUAUGUACCUCCUAUAGUAGCAUGGAAAAACGUACAGCAAAACCAAACUGAAUCAUUCCCCCUCCUUACUAAGCUUAGCGUGUCUGCGCGUAGCUGCGGACGGGUAUCGUUGACGGCAUGGCCAGAAUGGAUAUUUAUCCUACCACUUCUACCCCAUUACAAAACGCAUACAAACAAAUGGAGAUACAAACGUCAUACAUAUAUCUAUACAUACACAUUAUUAUAUAUUAAUAUAUACAUAUAUUAUAUACAUUACAUUAUAUUAAAAACAAAAACAAGAGAUAGAGAGCAUAUGUGGGAGAGUCGAAGAGAUAUCUCCCCAGUAACUAUUUUAAGCUUCUAAACCACUGGAGCUGAUAAUGAUGAUUAUGAUUAUAUGGGUGAACCAAAUUAGCGAAUUGAAAAGUAUAUAUUUUGGUGUGGUGGCUAGUUACUGCAGGUGGCUAGUUGAAGUGAGGAUAGAGGAGUUCGUUUCGUACAAAGGUGGCGAUAUAACAUCACCACAUAUCCCAACGCGGAAUUCAUAGCACAAAAAAAUACAGAACGGCACACAGCGAUCAGCAAGCAGUCUUUACCAGUGCAGCUAUUAGGUAGGAGUAAAUUUAUCAAUACCUAGGAUAGAUACGGGCUCAGCACAUCUAAUGUGCAUUGAUAGCAGACAGAACAACCAUCAUCUACAGACAGCAUAGAAAAGGGACAGACAAAUUCACACCACAGCCACACAUCUCACAGUAGUGAGAAGAUUUCCGGAGGGAAAGUAACUCACCGCAAAGCGAAUGAACCGCAUUUUACAGGGGGAAAAACAACAAAGGAUACUAUCGGAAAAGGGUAAAUCAAGAAGGGUGACUUGGAAAGGCCAACAAGGAAGGAAAGAAAAUAUAUAUUUUUUGAUUCCUUAUUGUAGGAAACAACCGCCCACGGUGCCACUACUGCAACCGUCAGAAGCGUUGCGUCUGCGAACAAAUCCGGGACAGUUAGAGAGCGGUACGCGAAGAAAACGUUUACAGCGGUACGUUCGUUGGUGACGUUUGACAGAUGUCACUUAUUCUCGUUGAUGGAGCAAUUGUGUAGUGUCGCGCGCGUCUCCGUUUACAGUAGUAGACACGCGUGUGUGCGCGCUGUCAACCAUUUAGUAUACAUACUCACGCAUAUAUAGAAAGCAGCAAACCCUGACACAGUGAGGAAGAAAACAACACCUACACUACACGUGAAAAAAAAUGCAUUUUAGUGUUUAAAAUCCCAUCACUCCUUUCCCCAAAAAACUAAGCGAGAAAGCAACUGGGCGAUUGUAAUUGUUCGAUGAAAAUGUGUACUUUAUGAAAGUAAACGAAACAAAACCCGUUACUGCUUAUUCCAAUUUUACCCAAAUUAGUGAUUUAAUGUGUGAUUCAACGUAUGCAUGUUACUAAAGCUAACCCAAACAAACAAACAAACAAAUCAUAAACAGACACACACCCUCAAAUCUAUCUUAAGCGGCAACUAUCCGGGAGUGUGCGUGGUUCACUUACGCGCCUCGACAGGCGUGCAGAUGAGCAGAUAUUGUACUUUAGCCGCACCAGGUUAAGUGUUAACCUUACCGUACAGCUCAACAGCGCUACAACAAGCGAUCUUUCGUGCUCGCAGCGAAGGAUAACCAGGGCUCGGCCAAGCGUUUCCCGUCACUCACACAUACGCACACACCCUUUGCCAUCCAAGAUCGUGCACAGGACAGCUUGAAACCCUGAACUCCAGCCUGUUGAGGGUUUUGCGGCUGUUCGGGGCGAAUUGUGUGAGGACAUCAUGGGACGCCUUGGAGCCAGCCGAUCAACAAAACCAACAUGGCGCACACGUUCGAUAAGGGUGACCGUUUUCGGUGGGCUCGUUUGACUUCGUUUGGAUCGGUAUGGAGAGUGUUUAGAUGAGUAAACCUACACAGAUGAAGCUAUAUUUCGGCCGUACACACUACCUUUCGGCUGCUUUUUGGUUUUGGGGGCAUUCAAUUUCCAAUCCACAUCGCCAAAAAAAGAAACUAAAACAUACAUACAAAAUGAAUGGCAAAAGGGCAAAGAACAAUUCUAAUCAACUAAUGCUAACUGAUACGGAUACUGACUGACUGGGACUGGAUGGGUGAAAAUUUUCGAUAAGGGAACACACGUGUAACAGAAGAAUCGUACGCAUCGUAAAACUCGAUGUGUAGCGAUAUUCCUCUGCGCGCGUCAAUUCCUUUAGCAAACAAAACGCUAAAUCUUUCACUGUUCACGAGCAUCUUUUUCUCGCACACUUUAUAUAGAUGUAUUUAGAGGGGAAAAUGAAAAGCAAAUACAUAUUACACCGCACCACCAAACGGGCCAUCUCGGGAAAACGAACCUAUGACAACGAUGUGGCGGCGCCAUGUUGCGUUUUAAGAGCGAGAAAUAUAACUAUGUUAACCAAUAAAUAAAACCCAAACCCAAUGUACUAAAAAGCGACAACAGAACAAGGAAAAAAAAACAAAACUCUACGAAUUAA